UGUUAAUGAUUCUGUACCUUUGUCAGUCCAAAGAAGGGAACUUAUCGCAGAGUUUUCUGGUAUUGUAUCUGAGCUGACCUCAAAUGACUUGAAAACUGCUAAAAAAAUGUUAUCAUCACUAAAGGCAACUGUAGGUGUCUGAAUGUUGCAGCAAAAACAGGCACCGCUGCAAAUAGAAAGGAAACAAUCACAAAAGAUUUUACCUCAACGUAGACUGUACUCUACAAAGAAAAACAAAAGGAGUAAUAAUGCAUCCCUGGUGCUACCAAAUUCAGAAGAAUCCAGUUUGAUCAAAUUAUCUCUACUGGCAGACAAAGAAGAUGCACUUGUGGAAAAAGGUUCAGCUGUUCAAAAGCAACCAACAAUAAAAAAUACAGAGGGUGUAGCAGGUCCAUUCCCCAUUACAGCAUGUGCCCUACAGCACAGCCCGACGAAUCGCUCAACUCCCAUGAUUCAGCCAAUAGCAAAACAGGCUGAGGUGGUAUCUAGUCCGUCUCUCGCUACAUCGUAUGUGCAGAAACACAGCCCGAGGAAUAGCUCAACUUCCACAAUUCAACCAAUACCAAAAGAGGCUGUGGUGGUACCACAUCCAUCCAUCGGAACAGUGCGUGUGUUGCUACACAGCUCAACAAAUGCAACCUGUGAUGCCAGGAAACUCACAGAUAAACUAAAUCAUGUGCCAGAUGUCGAGCACCAUUGUGUUUGGAAGUUCCAUUGUUCUAUGUGCGAACAGUUUUGGAAGUUUGGAUGAAUCAAGUUUCUGAAACUGACUGGAAAGAAACUUAAUUUUCAAAAACUAAGAUUUUAUUGCAAUUCAUGAUACUGUGAAAUAUUUUUAUAAUUGCUGUACAUUCAGCUAAAAGUUACAGUAAAAUUUUCUUGUAAG